AGUGCUCACACGCACCAGCUCCGUCGACACCCCACCAGACACACUCGUACACUAGCUGUAAUAGAUCGAUGGGCAAGCUCGUCUCCGCCGCGCUCCUCCUGGUGCUGCUGCUCGCGGCGACGGGGGAGAUGGGAGGCCCGGUGGCGGUGGCGGAAGCUCGGAGGUGCGAGUCGCUGAGCCACAGGUUCGCGGGCCUCUGCCUGCGCGGCCACAACUGCGCCAACGUCUGCCGGACCGAGGGCUUUCCCGACGGGAAGUGCCGCGGCGCCCGCCGCCGCUGCUUCUGCACCACCCACUGCCGCUAGUAGCCUAGCUGCAUGCAUGCUGGCACCUUUGUGCGUGUGCCGUGUCCGUGUCCAUGAAUAAACCUAAGCUUGUCUCUCCUGGCAGGCCGAGCUGGGUAUAAGAAACAACUUGUGCUUGUGUCCGUUCGAUGUUUGGGUUCGUCCUCAAAGUUGCAGUGAGGUCCCAUGUUUCCUUUCA